GCCAUUGAGGACAACAUGCGAGUAGACUGUAAGUGCCAUGGUGUGUCGGGAUCCUGCGAGCUCAGAACUUGCUGGAAAGCCAUGCCCAUCUUCUCCACAGUUGGUACCAUCCUGAAAGAAAAAUUCGAUGGAGCCACAGAGGUGAAGGUAACAGAAACCAACGAACUGGUUCCUUUGAACCCACAGUUUAAACCUCAUACGGACCAGGAUCUAAUUUAUUUGGAGGCUUCUCCAGACUUUUGUGAAGUGGAUCGGAAAACAGGGUCGCUGGGGACCCACGGGAGAUUUUGUAACAAGACUUCGAAAGCUAUAGACGGGUGUGACCUGAUGUGCUGUGGGAGAGGUUACGUGACCCGGCAGGUCAAGGUCGUGGAGCGGUGUAAGUGCAAAUUCAUCUGGUGCUGCAGUGUGAAGUGCAAGACGUGCGAGCGAAUUGUAGACGAGCACAUAUGUUUGUGA